CCGCCUACAGUUGACCUGGCAGCAGCGCUGCGCGCUGCACGUUUGGGUUGCUCGCCCCACCCAACGGCCGUGCGUACGUGCGUCGUCUCUAUGGUGGCGGCGGAUUCGGAGGGACGGGACGCUUCUCGUGUCCGGCAAGCUGCUGCCCCCACAGGAAUCUCCACUGUCGUCUGUCUUCCGCGCGCCUGUGAUUCGGGCGUCUCUCCCCAAGGAUGUUCCGCCGGGAGCGCUCCAUCCCCCUUCGAGGCUCAGCCGCCGCCCUGUGCAACAACCUCAGUGUGCUGCAGCUGCCCGGCCGCAACCUCACACAUUUUGGAGUAGUCCAUGGACCCAGCGCCCAGCUUCUCAGCGCUGCUCCUGAGGGUGUGCCCUUGGCCCAGCGCCAACUCCAAGCUAAGGAGGGCGCUGGAGUAAGCCCCCCACUUAUCACCCAGGUCCACUGGUGUGUCCUCCCUUUCCGAGUAUUGCUGGUACUCACCUCACAUCGAGGAAUACAAAUGUAUGAGUCUGAUGGCUCCGUCAUGGUCUAUUGGCAUGCACUGGAUGCUGGAGAUGCCUCUCUAGUGCAGGCUGUGUUUGCCCGAGGAAUUGCUGCCAGUGGCCACUUCAUCUGUGUGGGAAUGUGGUCAGGCCGGGUACUGGUUUUUGACAUCCCAGCCAAGGGUCCCAACAUUGUACUGAGUGAAGAGCUGGCUGGGCACCAGACACCAGUCACAGACAUUGCCACCGAGCCUGCCCAGGGACAGGACUGCGUGGCUGACAUGGUGACAGCAGAUGACUCAGGCUUGCUGUGUGUCUGGCAGUCAGGGCCUGAAUUCAAAUUAUUGACCCGAAUUCCAGGAUUCGGGGUCCCGUGCCCUUCUGUGCAGCUGUGGCAGGGGACCAUAGCAGCAGGCUAUGGAAACGGGCAAGUGCGUCUGUAUGAAGCCAGUACAGGAACUCUACAUGUCCAGAUCGACGCCCACGCCCGGGCCAUCUGUGCCCUGGAUUUGGCUCCUGAGGUGGGCAAGCUACUCUCUGCGGCUGAGGACACCUUUGUACACAUCUGGAAGCUAAGCAGAAGCCCAGAGGGUGGCUACAUUGAGGUGGAGCACUGUCAUGGAGAGUGUGUACCCGACACCCAGGUGUGUGGUGCCCGAUUCUGUGAUCCUGCAGGCAGCUCCUUUGCUGUGACUGGCUAUGACCUCACCGAGAUCCUGAGAUUCAGCAGCAUGUGAGAGAAAAGCAGCCCUCCGUUUCCCCUGUGGUAUUUAUAAAGUACCCGCCUCCACCCUUGUGG